GAUAGAUUUAAGUCUUGUAUGCUUGUUUCAUUACAGAAAGUGGAGUUCUCCCGUCACCACGUGUGCUUCGUAGGCGAUGUCGCCUCUUCUUUACAAGGCGGUGGCUCUGUGUGUCGUCAUCGUCUCCUUAUCAGGACACAGAAUCAAACGAGAUGUCAGUGACGGCUGUGAGGGAAGCGAUGGCCAUCACGAGGACAAGGAGGUGUUCAAGGUGGGCUGUAUCGACUACAGGUGUGUCCACGGCCACGUGGCUCUAGAGAGGGGAGGAUGUCCAAACCCGAUGGCAUCUUCUGACUGUCUGUCUAUGGGGGACACCUAUCAACAAGAUUGCUCCAUCUUCACCUGCGUCAUGGAGAACAACCACCACUUCAUUCGAAUCACCCAUCCAAGUAAGUUUGCAGGGGCCAUUGGCACCUGUGUUGGAAUAGGGGAGGACACAGGGGCUGAUGAAGCGUUCAUCUGCAUUGUGUGGUGA